AUGUCAGCACGAAACUACGCUUCGGGUCCACCAGGAGGAGCAGGCGGUAGUAAUGGCGGGGGUGGUGGGUUUCCUGGAUUUAGCUUUGGCCCCCAACAUAAGAAGGGAGACGCCUUGAAGGAAUAUAGUGUUGACCUCACAGAGAUGGCCAAAGAGGGCAAGCUCGAUCCUACAAUUGGCAGAGAUGAAGAAAUUCGGCGGACUAUUCAAAUCCUUUCUCGGAGAACCAAGUCCAAUCCAGUGCUGAUAGGUCCUCCUGGUGUUGGUAAAACAGCCAUCUUAGAAGGUUUGGCUAGUCGUAUUGUAGCGAAGGAGGUACCGGAAUCUCUUCAAAAUAAACGGGUCCUUUCUAUUGAUCUGUCUGCUAUAAUGGCUGGUUCGGGAAUUCGCGGGCAGUUCGAGGAGAAAUUUAAAGCUUUAAUACGGGACAUCGAAGACGAAGCGGGAAAUGUUAUUUGUUUCAUUGACGAAGUUCACACUUUGUUUCAGCUCGGUAAGGCCGAGGGCAGUAUUGACGCGGGACAAAUGAUCAAGCCUGCUCUCGCAAGGGGUUUACAGCUUGUUGGUGCAACAACCCCUGAUGAAUACCGCAAGACUAUCGGAAAAGAUGCAGCUCUGGAACGUCGUUUCCAACCCGUUAGCAUUGAUGAGCCUACAGUGGAGUCCACAAUAUCCAUUCUCCGAGGACUCAAGCCACGCUACGAGGUUCAUCAUGGUGUUGAGAUUUCUGAUAGUGCUUUAGUCACCGCCGCCGUAUACUCUUCCAGAUACAUCUCCGACCGUUACCUGCCUGACAAAGCCAUCGACCUUGUCGACGAAGCUGCAUCCGCUCUUCGUCUGGCUCAGGAAUCGAAACCCGAUGAACUGGAGUCCCUCGACCGCGAAAUCAUGACCCUUCAAAUCGAACUCGCGUCCUUGAAAAACGAAUCCGACGUAUUCAGCGUUGAACGGCGAGAAAAAGUCGAGUCUGACCUCAAACGCAAGAAGGACGAGGCGCAGCAUUUGACGUCUAUUUGGCAAGCAGAACGGGAGAGAUUGGAUAAGAUCAAAAAUUUAAAAGAGCGACUAGAGGAAACGAAGUAUCAGUUGGAAGUGGCGCAAAGGCAAGGGCAGUAUGAGCUUGCAAGUCGGUUGAGGUUUGCGACGAUUCCAGAACUAGAGGCACAACUGCCGAAGGAGGAUUCUGAGGGAGCCGAGGUAGAAGGAGAGGGACCGCUGUCAAUGCUGCACGAUAGGGUAAACCCAAACGACAUUGCAAGAGUUGUGGCGAAGGCCACAGGUAUUCCAGUCCAGAACUUGUUGAAAGGGGAGAAGGACAAGUUAGUUCAUAUGGAGGAUACUUUACGGCAAAGAGUAGUCGGACAAGACCACGUUGUGACAGCCAUCAGUGACGCUGUUCGAAUGUCAAGAGCUGGUCUUCAAGCUCCCAACAGACCAGUCGCUUCGUUCCUUUUCUUGGGUCCCACCGGCGUUGGGAAGACUGAACUAUGCAAAGCACUGGCUGGGUUCCUUUUCAACGAUGAACAGCGUGGAUUGAUAAAUAUCAACAUGUCUGAAUAUCAUGAUAGACACACUAUCUCGCGUCUGAUCGGUGCUGCUCCAGGAUAUGUUGGUUUUGAAGAAGGCGGUCAGCUCACAGAAGCAGUCCGCCGUAAACCUUACGCAGUCAUUUUACUAGAUGAACUUGAGAAGGCUCACAAGGAUGUUGCUAUGAUCCUGCUUCAGAUACUCGACGAAGGCAGCGUCACGGACAGUCAAGGUCGUAAAGUCGACUUCAAGAACACAAUAAUUUGUCUGACGAGUAACCUUGGGAGCGACAUCCUCGCUCACAAGAGUGCGUGUAACGAAGACGGAGUCGUCCUUCCUGAUGCUCGGGACGAAGUUCUCCAGCGUACGCAAGAGUAUUUCCCUCCAGAACUUCUCAACCGUCUCGACUCGAUGCUGGUAUUCAACAAGCUUUCCAAACAAUCCAUUCUCCAAGUUGUUUCCCUUCGCUUGAACGACGUUGCAGAACGAUUGAAAAACAAGCGAAUAACACUUGACGUUGACGAGUCAGCCCGUGGAUGGCUAGCGACGCAAGGUUAUUCAGAACUUUACGGUGCAAGAGCCAUUGCUCGGGUUGUUCGUACAGAUGUUUUAUUCCCAUUGGCACAGAAGCUUCUCAAGGGUACAAUCCGUGAAGGCGAUACUGUACUCAUUCGUGCAGGAGACGAUGGCUCGUCGUUGUAUAUAAAAGACAAUCAUUUACCCGACCCUAAUGCUUCUGCAGCACAAACUACGGAAAUCACAUCAACACAUUAUCUCCAUAAAUCAUAG